CUGCAGCAUUUUUUCUCCAUACCGUUCUCCUCUGUUCUCUCACUGUGCUUGUGAAGAGUGGAGCUGAUCUGAUCUUUCAUGGCUGCACGAGCGCUGAUCUGAUCUCAGUUUUUCCCCCUUUUCCCUGUUUUUUUUCCCCCUUGGUGGAUUUUAUUUCUUUUCCUUUCUCUCUUUGGACUUCACAAUUUUGGACUUGCGCUUUCUUCAUGUCCAUGUUGAGCCAUGCAGCCUCCGCCGAGAAAGGUCAAAGUCACACAGGAGCUGAAGACCACUCACACAGAGCAGCUCACCAGACUGCACUUUAAACACCAGACCGAAUGCGACUUACUAGAAGACAUGAGGACAUACAGUCAGAAGAAGGCCACACUGGAGAGGGAGUAUGCACAGGCUCUGCAGAAGCUGGCCAAUCAGUAUCUGAAGAGGGACUGGCCUGGCAUCAAACCAGAUGACCAGAGAAAUGACUACAGGAAUGUGUAUGGGGUGUGGAGGGCAUAUCUGGAGGGCACAGUGGAGGUGAACCAGACUCGACUCUACAUUUGCGAGAACUACAAGAAUGAGAUCUCAGACCCUGCCAAAACCGUACGCCUUUACAAAGAGCAGCAGCUCAAGAAGUGCAUCGAGCAGUUGGGCCGGAUCCAGGCUGAACUCCAAGACUCUGUGAAGGACCUGGCAAAGUCCAAGAAGAAGUACUUUGAGCUGGAGCAGAUGGCCCAAGCCGUCCGGGAAAAAGCAGACAUCGAGGCCAAGUCAAAGCUGGGCCUGUUUCAGUCCAGGAUUAGUUUACAGAAGGCCAGUGUCAAGCUCAAAGCCAAGAGGAGUGACUGCAACUCCAAAGCCACCCACGCCAGAAAUGAAUACCUUCUUACACUCGCGGCGGCCAACGCACAUCAGGACCGCUACUACCAGACCGAUCUGGCCAACUGUAUCAAGGCUCUGGAUGGUAGUGUGUAUGAACACGUGAAGGACUAUUUGAUGUCUUUUUGCCGGACAGAGUUGGAAGCAUUCCAGGCAGUCCACAACACGUUCCAAUUCUUGCUGGACAAGUCCAGUCGAGUGGGGCAGGACUUCAAUCAGCAGCUGUUCCUGCAAGAGAAUCCCGUUUUCCACAAAGCACAGGACUUUCAGUUCCAGCCGUGUGACAGUGACACAACUCUGAGCUCCGUGCAGCAGUUGGUGGACAUUGAGCCAUCGGCAGUCAGUGUGAUGAGAAUGACCUUGGCCCAGAGCCGGCAACUGGAAUCGGAGACAGGCACCACGGAGGAGCACAGCCUCAACAAGGAGGCCAGAAAAUGGGCGACACGUGUAGCCCGAGAGCACAAAAACAUCAUCCACUAUAAACGGACACUGGAGGAGUGCGAGAGACAGGGGACUCCUCCCACAGAACAGAGCCGCAACGACCUCGAGUUCAAAAUAGAAGAGGCCAGAGAGCACAUUCGUAAAGCCGAGACGGUGAAGCUCAAAGCAGAGGCUCGCCUGGAUCUGCUCAGGCAGGUGGGCGUUUCCGUGGAUACGUGGCUAAAGAGCGCCAUGAACCAAGUGAUGGAGGAGCUGGAGAAUGAGCGCUGGGCAUCAAUGCCCACCCUCACUACCCACGAUCCCUCACUCUCAACCACAGUGGACUUGGACCGGGACGAAGGCGAGGAACUGGAGGAGAACAUGGAGCAAUUUGAUGAUAGCAGCUCUAGUCCUUCAGGAACACUGAGGAACUACCCACUCACCUGUAAAGUUCUUUACUCCUACAAGGCGUCUCAGCCAGACGAGCUGACCAUCGAUGAGCAUGAGGUGCUGGAGGUCAUAGAAGAUGGAGACAUGGAAGACUGGGUCAAAGCACGGAAUAAGGCGGGUCAUGUGGGCUAUGUACCUGAGAAGUACCUGCAGUUCCCCUCCUCCAACAGCAUACUGAGCAUGCUCCAAUCGCUCACUGCCUUGGACUCGCGCUCACACACAUCAAGCAACUCCACUGACCCUGAGCUGGCCUCAGGCAGCAUCAACGGUGAUGCCAGUAUGAGUUUUGCAAAGGCCAUAUACGACUAUGAGGGCCAGACAGAUGAUGAGCUGUCCUUCCCAGAGGGUGCCGUUAUCCGCAUCCUUAAUAAAGACAAUCAGGAGGACGAUGGAUUCUGGGAAGGCGAGUUUAACGGACGAGUGGGAGUCUUUCCAUCCGUCCUGGUGGAGGAUCUGACCGCAGAAAAUGGAGACACACACUGGGCUUUGGAUGCUCAGGUAUCAUCGUGUGUGAAACUCCAGUCAUCUUUGCCUCCUUUACCCCUCUAUGAUCAGCCCCCCUGCAACCUGGAUUGUAACCCCGCCCCCAACCUGCCCCGCUCACCGUCCGUCAACGGAGAGCACAAACAGCCUGGCCUGCACAAAGCCCUGCCACACAAUCACAGUUCUGGUCUGAGUCCAGAAAGCCCAGGCUUUCCCCAGCCACCAAGAUUCACACCUGAUGGAUCCGGCCCGGGAAAACUGCGACCUGUCCGUGCAGCUCCGCCUCCUCCAAAACAACACCCUCGCAGGCAAGUGGACAAAACCGAGGAAGUAGAGAUCACGCUGGUGUAGCAGUGCCACUCUUUUCAUUAGAGGACUCAUCUACAUUUGACCUCAAACUCCUCCUACUGGCUUCAAAGGGGUGGGGCUACCUGUAAUCCCACCCUUCCAGCACUCUGAACGAGGUGGACUGCAUUUCAAAGACUCCUCCCUGCUAAUCCUGGAAAAACCUCUUAUGGCGUCACAGACUGUUUGGUGCCUUUUAACCCUUUUCAUGCCAAAACCAAUCCUUGUAUUUGUAUUUGUAGAGCCAAAAUAUUGUGGCAUUACCAGUUACAAGGUUGUGCUCUACAAAUUCAAGAUGGCAGAAAAUAUAAAGAGUAAUAAAGCCUGGAUGGUUAACUUGCACAUAUACCUAUCCAACAGGCUCAUCAAUAGCAGAAAAUGCAAUAUCAGGAGGUAACUGAGGGAUUUGCGGGGGCAUUUUUGGUGUACAGUGGGUGUGGGUGAUUAAGUUUGCCCCGUCUUCAGCCACGUGUAGUCCUACCAUACGUAUUUAAUGUUGUAUUAGUACAGUACAUUACUGUUGUCAUAGGAAUGUUCAGAAUAUGUGCAACAUUUCUUCAUAUAUUGUAACUGAGUGGAUGCUUUUUGAAAUAUAAAGUUGAGGACAAAGGCAAUUGUGUAUAAAAGGGUAAAAUGGCGAGGUAGGAAGGGUGAGAGGGAGUUCAAGAGAAUGAGGGCUGGAUCCUCCAUUUUCUUUUUCCUCUCCCUCGCUCCUCUAGCCAAACACAUUACUCCUCCAUAUCGUGUUAAUCUGAGUACAGUACUAAUUACAUCAAUAUUAGCCUUUUCUCAGCUUGUCCUUAAGAAGACUGCCGUUUGUACGUAUUAACUAAUAUUUAGUCAUCAAAAUGAAGACAGAGAAUGGAGGUUUUUUUGGCGUGGGUUUUCCCUGGGAGCGAGCCUUUAGGCCGUUAUUUUAUCAUGCGGUCUAACUUGUUUGCAAAUACCAAUCAAUAUGCGAGCAUUAAUUAAAGUGCUACAUGUUUCUUCCUAAUUCUUAUCUUGCUCUCUCAUCACAAUAGCAUAGGCUCAGUCUAAUGGAGUGUGUUGACAGACGGGUCCCGGCCAUUUCAUAGUAAUUAGCUUCCUAAGUGCUUUUCCGUUGUACAAGGGGCAGCUAUUUUUUCUAUUUUCUAUUUUCUAUUUCUAUCUCAUACAUUGAAUUGUAUUGUUCUGCUAGAAAAAAUUCAUAAUUCAUCAACAAAAUCAUAUGGUCAAUAUCCAUUUCAUUCUGAAGAACUGCCUAUUAUUAUUAUUAUUAUUAUUAUUAUUAGCCCAUAUCUGUAUGUUUAACCAUAUCUUUAACUAGGCAUGUGCUGAAUUUAUCUUUUUAUACAGUAACAUUAGGCCUGACUUCAGUUAUUGCAUAUAUACUACAUAAUACAAAAAAGAUUCUGUCCACUAUGUUUUCCACAGUUUCACAUAGGGGAAAAAGCAUUUUAAUAGCAUCAAACCACAGAAGGCAUCUCUGUAAAUCCUUGUUUGGAAAUCUUCAAGUAGUAAAAAGUCAUAUCCAUAAAAGUUCACAAUAAUCACAGCUAACAUUAGUUAGCUGACAAAAUAUGAGCUAACCUGACAGGGGUUCUGAGAGGAUUUUGAAUUCAUAUCAAUAGAUAGUCACAAUAUUUACAGCUAGCACUAGUUAGCUGGUAUAAUAUGAGCUAACCUGACAGGAUUUCUGAGAGGAUUUUGAAUUCAUAUCAGUAGAUAUUCACAAUAGUCACAGCUAACACUAGUUAGCUGGUAUAACAUGAGCUAACAUGACAGGCGUUCUGAGAGGAUUUUGAAUUCAUAUCAAUAGAUAUUCACAAUAUUCACAGCUAACACUAGUUAGCUGGUAUAAUAUGAGCUAACCUGACAGGAUUUCUGAGAGUAUUUUGAAUUCAUGUCCAUAUAUGUUCACAAUAUUCAUAUGUAGUACUAGUUAGCUGGCUAUGAGCUAACCUGACAGGAUUUCUGCAAGGAUUGUGAAGUUCAAAAUAGAAAACGUUCAAAAUAUUUCCAGCUAAGUCUGGCCAGCUGGCAAAAUAUGCUAACUUGACAGGAUGUCUGAGAAAGCCUUACCUUUUUGAGUGCAAUCAUAAAACUAAUUUUGAGGACCAGGCAUGUACUCAGAAACAUUCUGUUCUAAAUCACAUUUUAGUUUGUGACCUGCAAUAGAAUUUCUGCAGAGGUUUGGGAUUGCCUUCUCUUAAAAUGACACAAUGCUCUUUUACAUUCGUUCAAGGUAUCAGCACGUGCCUACGUUCAGCGGUAUAGCAUGUAUCUCAGCACUUUUCCAAAGCUGUAUGGCUUUGUAUCUUUGACUCUUAUGUCUGCAUCUCAUCAAAGGACCCUUGUGUAGCAUAGCUGCCUAAACAUGUGUAGGGGUUUUUGUUUUGUUCUGUUUUGUUUUUUUAAAUUCAGUGUUUAAUACCCCAGUGGUUUCGUUUGCUAAAGAAUGCAGUCCUGUUAUUUAUUCUCUUCCUUCAGGAGUAGGAAAUCACCCAUUUCUAGAGAUUAGCGUUACUAGUGUUAAUAACAGUAAAUAAUGUCACCCUAAGUAAAGUAAAUAAUGUCACCUUAAGAAUGGUGCUUGUAAAGAAUUUGGGGGGGGGGAAUAUGUGUAUGUUUUGGACUUUCUUUCAAUAGAGUGAACAAAAUUGGCAUAUCUGCCCUUAUGUCAUGUCUUUUUGUUGUAGCCUGUUUUCUUGUUGAUCUCCUUGAGAUCUUUUGAAUGUUAUCGAACUUGUUUUGAAGUUUAUGGCCCAUCCCGUCAGAAAGCUCCUCUCAGAAAUUGGCUUUUCUUUUCUUUUUUUCUUUUUUCUUUUUUUUUUUUUUUAACUUUCCCAGUUUCCUUUCAACAGUUUUCGCUUUCUGCAAAAAACGGCAUCCAAAUACUCGUCAUUCUAUUUUUAAAUGCCUUUUGUUUUAUUUUAUUUGAAAGACACUGCUUGAAAAAGAUGGUGUUAUAACAUUGGACUGUUGCUGCAGUGGAAGUAUCAGAGAACAGGUCAAGACAUUUCUUUCUGCAUAUUAUUAGCUGUAAAGUAAUUUGUAUUUAUUGUGUACAAAUGUUAAAUAAAAAAAUGAGAAAAUA